AGGGGCAUUAUCGGUAAUUCUGCGUGAAAUAACAACCCUAAGAGCUAAAUCCCCAAUAUAAAAGACGGGAUCGUAUUCAUUCAUUCAUUACAGCGGCCGACUUGAAGACCUAAUUCCCUCGCUUGCAUCUUAUUAAGAAGAAAUGGAGUCUCAGAUCAAGCAUGCUGUUGUUGUGAAAGUUAUGGGUCGUACUGGAUCAAGAGGGCAGGUGACCCAAGUUAGAGUGAAGUUCCUUGAUGAUCAGAACCGAUACAUCAUGAGGAAUGUUAAGGGCCCAGUCAGGGAUGGGGAUGUGCUCACUCUUCUUGAGUCUGAGAGAGAAGCAAGAAGGUUGCGUUGAUCAAUCUGUGCGGCUGUUUGUUUUGUGGGAAUUCAAUAUUUAUAGUAUCCUUGUUUUCUUUUGGAAUUAGAGUUGAAACUGAUGAUUUUGUGGGUUUGAUCUGUUUUUGUUUUGAGAUGAGAAAAAGACUGGCUUGACAACUUUUCUUAUUGAAGAUGGAUUUUGUUUGAAAUGUUUUUUAUUAUGGUUCAAGUUCAAUU